AUGAGGGUCGGUGAAACCCUUUGGAGUUACGCCAACCGAUACUGGGAACUCUACAACGAGAUCGGUGGAGGAAAUGAGAAGAUAGCAGCAAGCACCUUCAGGAUGGGGCUCCCCGAGGGUUCUAAACUAUGGGAGUCGUUGACGAAAAGACCUCCCGAGGAUAUGAGGCAACUUAUGAGACGCAUUGACAAGUGGCCGAACAAGAUGGGGGGUGACCCCUCUCGGAGGAAUCAAAAUUUGUACUGCACAUACCAUAGGGAUAAAGGGCACACCACCGAGCAAUGUCGGGUGCUAAAAGAUCAUUUCGGGCAGCUAGUAAAAGCAGGGUAUCUGAAAGAGUUCGUAGUGGACUCCGUAGACCGGGAGGCCGGCCAGGGUGUUCAGCAGAAAAGGAAUCCCCUCCCACCACCGCUGGGAGUGAUCGAAGUCAUCCACGCUGCCCCGAGAGGUACAGCAGCAGUUAAGGGAAUACUGACAGUGGCCUACGCGGAGGGAGAAUCACCCGAGAAGAGGAUGAAAGUUGGUCGGCAGAUCAUCUCUUUCAGCGAGGAAGACUUGGAGGGGACGAUCCAACCUCAUGAUGAUGCGUUGGUAGUAACAGCUCGGAUAAGCGGGUUCUUGGUGAAAAGAGUGAUGAUAGACCAAGGAAGCGGAGCUGACGUAAUGUACCUUGAUCUGUUCGAAGGGCUCGGAUUGAAGAGUCAGGAUUUGGCGAAGUAUGAUACGUCGCUGGUCUUGUUUGAUGGAAGAGUCGUGAUUCCCGAAGGAUAG